UUUAUUUUUUAAUGGAUUCCCAACAAAAGAAAGAGAAAAAAAACCCUAUUUAUAUAUAUAAUUAUAUCAUCCUAACGAAAAUACUUUAACAAAUCACAAAUUAAUACCAAAACCUUUUCCUCCUCUCUAUUCACAACAAUCACAAAUUAUAAUGGCUGACAAUUCUUCUAAUUACAUACAAAAGAUAAAAAGUGCAGCCAUGGUGGUAGCUAAGACAACACCAUUUGUGAUCUUUGGUGCGGUGGCUUUCGCUGCCCUAACCUCUUGGAAAGCCAAAAAGAAACCGAUUUUUAAGAGAUCAACAUCGCUCGCACUCCUCCAUGGUGGUGAACUCGCCUUAAAGAGAUUGGUUGAUUACCACGAAGCUCGAGCCGAUGUAAAUAAGCUAGGGUUAGCUGAUUGCGAGUUUAAACUUAAGAUUUCGGAAGAAAGGCCCAAUUUUCGCGAACUAGCGGAGGCCAUGUCAAAGUUAGAAAUGAGAGGAAAAGAAGAAUAUGCAAUAAGAACAUUGAAAGAAGAAUUACAAAAGGCCCAAAAAAACAAAAGAAUGCAUGAAGCCUAUGAAAUUGAGAUAUUACUAGUCGAAAUGCUCAUUUACAAGGGUGAGUAUGAAGAUGCAAAAAAGUGCAAAUGCUUGUAUGAUGAAAAUGUCACUGAUGCUCGUCGUCCACUAUACCUGGCUAUUAUUAUCAUGGCUUUGGAACCAGCAAAAAAGGAAGAAGCAGAAAAGUAUUGGAAGAAGUUUGUCGAUUUAAGAAGUGAGUUUAGUUUCCAACCCAUGUUUAGAGAAAGCAUGGAAGAGACUGGGAUCUUUAAAAUCACUACUAGUUUUCAAGAGUUUCAAAAUGUUGUUAAGCAGCUUCUCUACGACAUCAAUAAGGCACUUUUACGUAAAACAACAUGAAACAAGGGUCGGUCUUAAGGUACGUAAGGCCAACGAGCAAAGUGCGCGUCUUGAAUACCCAAUGCCCUAAAUUGUAAAAUAAUAUUAUUAGUAGUAUAUAUAAUAAUAAUAAAUAAUAACAAAUUCAAUAAAAUUGUAUUUAUAGUGUAAUGGUAGAUUAAUUAAGUCUGCAACAAGAUUUAGGGUUUGAUUUCUAUCCCACUAGCUUCUUAAUUUUUUUAGAACUAUAUUAAAAGUGUGCCUAUAUAGAGAAUUAAAUUUGGAAUUUCAAGAACAUAUUAAAAUUAUCAAUUAAAUAACAAUAGCCAGCCAUAAUU